CCUUGGUACAGCCCGCAACAGGAGUCUUUAGCGUAGUAAGAAGUGCUACAUGAACGUACAGAUAUCUACUAUGUCAGCAUUCUUUCGGUGCACGCUCGUCAUUAUAUUGUUCGUAGGUUCUUGCUGUGGUGGAACCCACAGCAGGUUCUGAUGCUCCCCGACGAAACACUCUUCCGGUUUUCAUCCUCAGAAUGAGCUAGUGAAAAGUUCUAAUGGCUUUGAAUGAAUCAAAAGCAUUUCUCGUUCUCGUGUCACAACUGCCCAACGUCCCUCCUAGAGCUCGUCGGUUUGCAACAGACCAAAAAGGGUGUCCUUCAGCUGCAUUGGCUUGGAGCCAGAGUAUGAAUUGAUGGUUCCAUCCGGAGAAACCACAAAGUAUGUAGCGAAAUUCCAUUGAAUAGCGGUAGGCCCGGCCUGUGAUUUGAGAUAUUUGUAAACGAUGGACGCGUUGGGACCGUUCACGUUAAUUUUCUCCAUCAUUGUAAAUUCGACUCCGUAUUCCUCGACUGCGAACUCGUUGAUUUCUUCACUACUACCGGGUUCUUGGUGACCAAACUGAUUGCAGGGAAAUGCCAGGAUGUUGAUUCGAUCCGUCUCCUUUGCGUGGCUCCACAGCUCAACUAAACCGCGGUAGUGGCUAUCGGUAUACCCGCAUUCGGACGCAACGUUGACCACCACCGUGACYUGGCCCUCGAAUUUCGAAAACGAGAGGGAUUCUCCAAAAAUAUCGUUGGCGGACAGGUCAAAGAAGGACGAGAUGCCCUUUAGUUCCUCUGCUUCUUUCAGAGCGGCGGCAGCAACGGCGUCGCAGCUUGCGGCGCAGCUGCCAAGCAUAUAGCCCGGGUUUUUCUCGCACUCGCCCAUCUCUGCCCACUCCCUGCAUUUCUCGUGGGUAUCUUCGUUUCCUGCAGAAAYAAGGGCUGACGCCCCAAUAACAGCUACCAGGAUUCUGAAUCCUAUGUGUUUCAUCAUCAUCGUCUUGGUGGUAGUGGCGGCGACUCGCUCUGUUCGUGUGUGUUGCCCUCGUUCUAUUUUCAAUUGGUUUCCUUGCGGUGUGUUCGUUUGUUCACUUUAUUUCAGAAGACAAUCGAAAUCAGGAGUUCCUGUCGCGGUGCGAACCCGUACGAAUGCACGGGUCAUGAUCGUCACUUAUUCGUACUUUAAUACGGUACCUACGGUACCGUACUAUGUAUGCUAUACCGUAACUUGUACCGUACAUGGGAAAGUACAGUAAUACAAAAUAGAAAUCGGUAUGAUUUGGAAAGAAGGCAAUGACCAUGACUCACUCAACGAGUCAGUCAAACGAGUCGAAGAAGGUUCUAAGCCGUGAUCGAUGUUCGCGUACGGGACUACACGGUACGGUAUAUCGACCUUUUCUUAGGAUCGUACUGUACGUAGCGUACGUACUAUCGGAGACGGUUACUACAUUUGUUUUAUUGUACGCCCGGCAACAGGGUACGAGUGGUACAAUUUUGUACUGAACCUUGUACGAGGACUAUGUCCGUUGUGUGUUUUGUUGUGACUGUUUUUCAUGUCGAAAUCGUUUGAAAAUGAUAGCCUUACCUACCGUAGGUAGCGUACUACAGUAUAUGGAACAGCAGCGACAGUACGAAGCGAACUAGGAGGCUCGCUCCUUCGUACAAUGAUCGACCACGGCUGAGCACUAUUUUUAUUCUUCAUUCAAGACAGAUAGGCACAGCCCCAACAACUUUUUCGACCAUGAGACUGUCGCUUUUAGUAGCAGCAGUGACUGCAUUGGUGCCUCAUCUUGCUGAUGCCGGCACCAGCGACCAUACGUAUAAGAAGGAUGAGCACAUAGAGCUUUGGGUCAACAAGGUCCGUUUAUCGAGUCGUGCGGUCAUUUGUGCUGGUAGGAACCCUCCGAACGAAUCGAGUUUGCUUAUUCGGUAUUUUUACCUGUCACAAGUAAAUAAUAGCUAUGGUUCUCGUUUUCAUGCGACGAAGUUGGUGCAGAAUCUGAUAAUAUUGUAUUCCUCCUCCUGAAUUGUUGUCUUCGUAAAUAAUCUCGUGACUCUGGAUGCAAUCGGCUUUUUCCAUUUGUUGUAUUUUCUUGUUCUUUGAUCCCGACUGUCGCCCAUUCUUGGUAAAAAAAAAUGGAAAAACCAAUAAUUCAAACACGCAAUGAAAUAUCGACAAAUGAAUGAUGAUGUCAAUACCAAUAUAGGUCGGGCCUUACGCAAACCCACAAGAAGCCUAUGAAUAUUACACACUUCCUUAUUGCGCCCCCGAAACGAAACACCACCCCGAGACCAGCGGUGGAUCCGGCCGCUGGAACGAGUGGAAAUCCCUUACGAUGGGAGAGCAUCUUGGUGGUCACGCACUGCGCCAUUCCGGCCACGACAUUCUGUUUUUGAGCAAGUCCAAGGGGCCGGAGAAAUGCACCACGAAACCGUUAUCCCUGCGACAAGCCGAACACUUCUCCCAAGCUAUUCAGCACCGCUGGUUUUAUCAGAUGUAUCUGGACGACUUGCCGGUCUGGGGUAUGGUUGGUGAGAUGCUUCCCAAGGCCGAUCAGUUCAGUUUGAAGGAAAAGGAUGACCUGGAGCGUCUCGAUCACAUGACGGAACUGAAAGACAACGAGGUCGCUAACUUGCACCCAUACGUGUACACCACACGAAACCUGAUCAUCUCUUACAAUAAAGAUCAGAUCGUUAAGGUCGAUCUCACUAGUGACCCCAAGUCUUUGACRCAAGUUAAGGAAGGUGCUACGUUGGAGUUUGCCCUUCACGUACAGUUUGAACCGACAACCGAUGAGUUUCACUCGCGAUUUGACCGAUACCUUGACCACGACUUUUUCAAGCACCCCAUUCACUGGUUUUCAGUCUUCAACUCAUUCAUGAUGGUGUUAUUCUUAAUGGGACUUGUUGCMUUGAUUCUCCUUCGGACUCUGAAGAAGGACUACGCGCGUUAUGGAUUGAUCCACGACCUUGAGGAUGGGGAAGUCGACGACGAUGAAAAAGAAGCGAUGAUGCACGACAAGGUCGAGGAUGCCGGCUGGAAACAGGUCCACGGUGACGUCUUUCGUGCACCGUCUAUGUUGCCACUUUUUGCAGCUCUUGUGGGAACUGGAAGCCAGCUAGUGGUGUUAACCUUUGGAGUCAUUCUGUUUGCGGUUCUCGGGCCAGUUCACGGUGAAGUUCACGAGGAACGAGGUGAAAUGAUGCAGGCUAUUCUCAUCUGCUACGCGUUUUCGACGAUCGUUAGUGGAUUCGUGUCGGGAAGAUACUUCAAGGAGUAUUAUCCGACAGUUGCCCGAAGUGGAAACAAAUCGGGACAAGGAAACUUGUGGCAAGCCACGAUGGGUCUCACAGUUGUUCUUCUACCAGUUGUGACGACWCUGAUUUUCCUCGUUUUGAACUUUGCUUCGCUUAUGUACGGUACUAUCAACUCUAUUCCGUUCUCGGUUAUCUUGAAGCUGUUCUUCCUCUACGUUUUUGUUUCUGUUCCUCUCUGCGUUGUUGGAACUCUCCUGGGACGUCAUUCGAGCAAGGGUUCGGCAAGUAGCUUCCCAUGCCGAGUGAAUGCCAUCCCAAGACCAAUUCCACAGGAUGUACCGUGGUACGGAAAGCCUUCUGGUUUAAUUCCUCUCGCAGGUCUUUUGAGUUUCGGUUCAAUCUUUAUCGAGCUAUACUACGUGCUGACCUCUCUAUGGAAUUACAAGUUUUACCACGUAUACGGCUUCUUGUUUGGUGUUUAUGCCAUUUUGACAAUUGUGGUCGGCAUGACAUCCAUCAUUGUCGUUUACUUUUGCUUGAACGCCGAGAACUACCUCUGGCAAUGGACUGCMUUCGGAUCGGGUGCGUCCACAUCUAUCUACGUUUUCUUGUACGGUGUCUACUACUACAUUUUCAAGACCCAGAUGCACGGUAUGUUGCAGUUCUCAUUCUAUUUCGGAUACAUGGCCUUGAUCUCUAUCAAUUUGGGACUACUGUGCGGUACCUUGGGCCAUGYAGCGGCCAGUGGAUUCGUGCGGGCUAUCUUCCAAAACGUCAAGGUUGAUUAGAUCAAAACGUAAUUUUUAAGUACUGUUCACCAAACGAAUCGAUGAAAAAAUCAUAAUCUCUCCACGAUAAGAAAUGAGCCACGUACAGACACACAGAAUGAUAAAAUCUACAAAUGAGUCUGAUUUUCAUUUUGUAGAAGCAACUGUUUUCCAUCUCCUAAUCGAAAACCAGUUGAACAUAUCAGAAGCUGACAUUGUUAUGUGCGCUCAGUUGAUACUCAAAAAGUGCUUCGCAGAAAAAGAAUCUCCUUACUACUACUAGGAAAACAAGAGGCUUCUCUGCUGAUGUCACUAGAAUGGCUACCACUAGUAGCACUACUAAAUCUAGGAAUAUAUU